AUGGAAUGGGUGCGUUCACAGGAUUGGAUUGCCGAUCCAUUUUCAUUAGAUCAUAAUACAAUCUUAAUCGAGGUUACUGCUAAAUGUACUUCUCCUACGAAAGUAGAAGUAGAAAGUUUGAAUGACCAAGAAUUUCGUGAAUUUUUGAAAUCGAGGAAUAUUGGAAAUGAAUAUGUUACAAAUAUCAUCGACAAACAAAAGGUCAAUGGUAAAUCCUUCCUUUCUCUGAAUGCGGAAACGCUUGAAAGAUGGGAAAUACCAGGUGGACCGGCUAUAGAAAUCGAAAAUUUAAUCAUUGAAAUUCAAGGAGGCAAAAGAUCAUUUACCGGGAAGGUAAACAUUAUUGUCGAUAAUUCGAAUUUGCUCGAGCAAGGUCGUGAAACUAUGGUAAAAGAUAGUGUCAAAAUGAAAAGGUUGCGCAUAAAUUUCGAAGUACUUCAAGCAUUGAUACUAAAUCAACGAGAGUUGGACUGUUCAGAAAUAUUUUGCUCUUACACUUCCAAAAGCAAAAAUCUUGAUAAAUUUUGGGCGAAACUUGAAUAUCAAAAUUUUGUUGUUCACUCCAUUAAACAAAGAUCAUACACGAAAAGAGAAAAAAAACUAGAUACAACAUUAGUUGUACGAGGAAUGAGAAUCUUACUGAGAGAAAGGGCUCCCGGAAUAUUGGCUAUAGUUUCAGGCGAUGCUGAUUACGUACCAUUAAUUCAUGAAGCUCUGAAGGAAGGGUGGAAAGUUGAAUUAUGGUUCUGGUCAUUAGGAUUUGCUGAAGAAUAUAAAAAAAUUGUAAAAUUUGAAAAAAGCUUAAGUGUUCACUAUCUGGAUGAUGAAUUAAAAGACAUUUUAUAUGACGCAACUAAAAGAUCCUUGUAA